AUGGCAAAUUCAUUUGAAAAUGAUUUCGACGUCAACGAUGUUGCGGACAAUGUCAUGAACAUUUUCCUUGCCUUUAAGAGAACGAAUGAGGAGGAAGAGAAAAAAAAGGAAGAAGAUGAAAGAAAAAAGAAAGAAGAUGAAAGAAAUAAAGAGAAAGAAAAGGUUCAGAAAAAGACGGAAGAAUCAUUUGAAAAUUUCUUCGAUUUGGACAAUUUUGCGGAAAAUGUUUUAAACAAUUAUCUCGCAAACAAAAACCAUGAGGAGGAUGAAGAAAAGAAUGAUAAAAAUAACAACAUUCGGAAUGAGGACAGCAAGAAAGUAAUCAAAACGACGAAUAAAUUUGAAAGCAUGAAAAAUCAAAAACUGAACAACUAUAAGAUCGUCGUGAAACGGAACCAUGGUAACAAUAGGAUGAAGCCUUUACCAAGCAAGGAAGAAAUUUUAAAAAUGACGAAAGACUACCACAAAAAACAAAACAACAACCUGGCAGUCGAUAAACGAAUAGUUACAGCGAAACUGGAAAGACAAAAAAUAUACGAAGAACAGAAGCAACUGAUGAAAAAAAUGAAUGAAGAGAAGAAUAAAAAUAUAAUGGGGAAAGUGGAGGAUGAAAAUAUAAAAGAGAUGGUUGAAGAGGAAACAAAGGAGAGAGUGAAGGACAAAAAGGAAGACGAUUUGUCACAAAACCAGCAACAGAAUCAUCAACCACAACACGAACCAACACAACUACAACAGCAACAACAGUUUCAACUACUUCAACAAGAGCAACAACAUCUUCAACAAAACAGAGUGGAGAAUAAAAAAGAAGAUAUGCCAGAAGAGUUGAAUCAUUGUAUACAGCCCACACAACAACAACCACAACACGAACCAGCACAAAUACAACAGCAACAACAGUUUCAACUACAUCAACCAGAGCAACAAGGUUUUUCGUGGUUGGAAGAUCUGCCAGACGAAUUGAAUUAUUGCAUCCAGCCAGCACAACAACAAACUCAACAACCACAACACGAACAACAAAACAAAAAAGCACAAAUACAACAACUUCAACACGAGCAACAACAGCAUCAACAAGAUAGAGUGGAGGCCGAAGAUGAAGAUUUUUCCUGGUUAGAAGAUCUGCCUGAUGCGUUGACAAAUUACGAUAUCCAGCCAGCGCAUCAACAACAACAAACUCAACAACCACUACACGAACAAUACCAUGAACAAGCACAACAACAACUUCAUCAUGAGCCACAACAACUUCAACAAGAGCCACAACAACUUCAAUUAGAGCCACAACAACUCCUACAAGAGCUACAACAACAUCAAAAACCAGGACAAGCACCUAUACAACAACAACAACUUCAACUACAGCAAGAACUUCAAUUACAGCGUCCUCAACAAUUACAAACUCCAUACGUCUCAUCACAACGAACAUUACAAUACGCAAUAACAUCCAAACCUAAACAACGCUCUCAACUGAUAACACUCAAUCUUCAACAACGACAACACCAACAACCAAUCCAAAACAUGGAAACAUCACAACAAGAAACUCCAAGCAGGAAAAACAUUCAAACUUUGAAGCGAAAAAGAACACCAAAACAAAGUUUCAAUGCCAAGCAACCGAUAAUAAACACAGAAAACAAUCUUCUGCCAGCACAACAACCAGCCCAAGACAUUUAUCAGCAACCAUCACAGCCUCAAACCACACACAACUUUAUAAGCAGCAAAAUUUUUACAAAUUCACAGCAAUUUACACAAUAUCAACAGCAAUUUCAGCACCAGCAACUUCUGCAGCUUCAACCACAGCAGCAACAGCAACGACAAUUUCCGCAACAGCAAUUUCAGCAGCAUCAGCAACAUCAAUUUCAGCAGCUUCAGCAACAGCAAUUUCAGCAGCAAUAUCUGCAGCUUCAGCAACAACAAUUUCAGCAGCUUCAGCAACCAACCCACAACAUGUACCAGCAACAAUCACUGCAAAACAUAUUUUCACAGCCACAACAAUACCAACAGCAGCUUCAGCAACCAACACAUCAGCAACAGUCACAGCAAAACAUAUAUUCACAGCCACAACAAUACCAACAGCUUCAGCAACAGCAGCUUCCGCAACAGCAACUUUUGCAACACACAUACAACAUACCUCAUACUAACCAACAACAGAGCAACAACAUUAACAAUAGCAUGAACUACUACAUCAACAACUACAACAGCAGCUAUGGCUACGAUUUCAACAGCACAGACAACAUCUACAACAAUUUCAAAUAUUGA